AAAAAACCAAAAAAAAAAACCGACUAGUCUAAACUAGUCGGGUUUGGGGUUUUUCCCUUGUACGUUUUUAUGACGUCAUAGUAAACAAUUCGUUUUCCGUUGUCAAUGACGCUGUAAAAAACGAUGGAAACUUCGACACCGUGUAGUGAAGAUGACAGCGUAGCUAACAUUAUACCAAGAGAAAGGAAUUCUGAUAAUUUUGAUCCUCGACCUAUUUCCUUUUAUGUUCCAGUAAAUGAUCCAAUCGAAAACGGAUACAAGAAAAUGAAGAGAACGAUGAAAUCUAGAAUAAGACAAAAAUCGGAAGAGAAUGAAGGUGAACCUCAUUUUAAGCUAAAUCACGAUGAAAAGAUGCUACAAGCAGAUAUUUUAUACCAGGAUCAGUUAAAUGGGAGAGGAGAACUGAGUAGAAAACAUCAAGAAAAGUACGAAAAAGCUAAAACCAAACGAGAGAUGGUCAUAGAGGAUCUCAGGAAGAAAACUGAAGAUAAAAUUCUUCGUGCUGAAGAUAAACGGAAAAGGAAACUAGAAAGACAGAUAGAAAAAUUGAAAACUGCUGAAGAACGAUUGGCAAAAGUAAGAUUUCGGAAGGAAACAAUGGAUCAGAAUUUCCGUGAUAAAACUGUAUCUAAGCUCAUUGAAGAUGAAGAGAGACUCCGAAGUAUACAGCUGAACGACUUGCCUCUCCGUGCCAUAUAUCAGCGAGAAGAGAUCUUGCGAUACAGACAGAAGUUGUAUGAAGAUCGCCAGCAAUGCAGGGAACGUACGAUGAACAAGAACCAAUAUUUGUGACGUAUCUGCACUGUCCUAGUGCCAAAAUAUGCGAUCAUCAGCAAACAUCACUUUCAGAAUGCCAAAGGCAGCAUUUUCUUAACAGUGAAAAAAAUAUUGUAAUAUCGUAGAUUCCAUCAUCUUUUGAGUUUGCAAAUUUUGUUUGAAGAUUUUUACAAACAUAUUAGGCUAUUAAUUGUGGGAAAUUCUUCAUUUUCUGUUUGCAGAUGUUUCAAUAAGUUUUGUAAUUUUCAAUAACCUAUUAAUUUGAACUGUCUUUACGUUUAGAAGUCUUUGCGAUGGUAUAUUUAUUUAUAUACAUGUAGAUAUAUCUGUUUUAUAACGUUGCAUUGUCUUUUGUAAUAAAAUGUGAGUUCUAUUUGAUUAUGUUUUCAAUUUAUAAAAGCGGUUUCCUUCACUUGGUACUUAAAUUUAUAAGCGGAAGAUGUUUCACACAUUAGUGACUAUUCCUUUGUCAAAAUACCCGGCACUAGACGUGAAAGUCACAGGUCUUUUUCGGAUAUAACUUGAAAACUGGAGGUCACGGUUGGGGUGGACACGAUAAAGAGCCGGCUACGGUCCUUGGCGCCAUGCAUAGGUGAAAAUUAAGACACUUUAUCUAAAGCAGGUGACUUCUCUGUAAGAGUGAACAAUUUCCAAUUUGAACGUAAAACAACAUAAAAACAAACCAGAGCAACUAUAGGGUCCACGCCCAAUGCAAGUGCUCAAACAUGAGACUACAACACCUGGGUUGAUCUCCAUCAGAUUGUAUAUAUUCGUAUCGUGACUGUAAUUCUUCCCAAGUUAGAAAUUUAUGUCCUUAUGUUUCCACCCUUUACUCUAUAUGAAGAGAAAUAGCUGA